AUGCGACCCCCGGCUCCCCGACAACAAAACAAACAAAUCCUGCAGAUUGAUGGCAUCCCUGCGGAGCAGCUGACCACGGAUGAGACCGCCACCCUGCUGCGCGGUCCGGCCGGCUCCCUCGUGGACCUCACCCUCGCGCCGCGGUCCCCGGGGGCGCCGCCGCUCGCGCUCACGCUCGAGCGGCGGCCGCUGCCGCAGCCGCCGAUCGUGGACACGCGCCUCCCGCUGCCAGACGGCCGCGCCGUGUCAUAUGUGCGCCUCCAUUACUUCGACUCGGCAGCUACGCGGCGGCUGCGCGAGCUCGUCUCCCAGGGGGAGGCUGAUGACGUGGCAGGGUUUGUCCUUGACCUGCGGAACAACGCGGGCGGCGUGUUUGAGGAAGCCGUGGCGAUGGCCUCGCUGUUCCUGCCGCCGCCGGCCGACAUAGCGGAGACCGUCCGCGGCGGCUCCCCCCAGGUAAUCGACGCGGUCUGGCGCGCCGGCGCCCUCAGCCCCGAGAUAUUUCCGGAAGCGUCCCGCGGCGAGAUCCUGUCCCUGCGCCCUGCGGCCGUCCUGGUCAACGCCAGCUCAGCGUCCGCCAGCGAGGUCUUCGCGGGCGCCCUCCACGACAACCGGCGCGCGGUGCUGAUCGGGGAGAGGACCUUUGGCAAGGGCCUGGUGCAGUACUUCUUCCCAAUAGGGGACGACGGCGGCGGCCUCAAGUUGACGGUCAGCAAAUACCUCACGCCCAGCAGGUACGACAUUUCCCUGCAGGGCGGCCUGCCACCUGACGUCGCCUGCAGGGACUACCCCCAUGGAGUCUUCACCCCGGGCGACACCGACCGCUGCACCGCCGCCGCGCUGCAGUUCGUCGACGCCGCCAGCCGCGCCGCCAACGACCGCGGCGGCGCCGCGCCGCCGCCCGGGCUCGCGCCGGGGCCGCAGUGGCGGCCGCUGUUCGCGUCGACCGGCGCGCCGCCCGAGGACGGGAGCUGA